CCGUCUCCUUUUAAACUUUAUAAGUGUUAUGAAUUGUUGUUCAGAAGUUAUGCAAAGAAAGCUACAAGGAAGUUAUUACCCUAUGAAGUAAUUAAAUUUAAAAAGAAGGGAAUAUUCAACAGAAAUUCUUUUAAGAUCUUAAUGGCCUUCUCAAUUUGUAGCGCCUCCUAUUUAGCAUUCAGUUAUGACGUAGUCCCCAUUACAGGCCGUAGGAGAUUGUUACCCGUUAGCGAGCGUUAUGAAAUGAAACUUGGAGCAGCAAUUUAUAAAGAGUUAUUAAAGGAACUUGGAGGAUUUAUUUAUCCAAAGUAUCAUCCUAUUUAUAAGAGAGUUGAGUAUGUUGGAACCAAACUCGCUAGGGUAAGCGGCCUUCAACAUUUUCAUUGGGAAUUUCACGUUGUGGAAAGCAACAUUCCUAACUGUUUUGUGAUUCCAGGUGGGAAAGUCUUUCUUUUCACGGGUUUACUGCGUUAUUUGGAUAACAACGAUUCCUUAGCGGCGGUCUUGGGACACGAGAUUGGGCAUGUUCUAGCCCGCCAUGGUGCUGAAAAACAAGCUUUUUCUAUCCUGACACGAUUUAUUUAUCCACUAUUUAGUAUAAUAUUUAAUAUCGAUCCGCUACUGCUUACCGGAACAACAAAACUGCUUCUCGAGCUACCAUUUUCCAGAAGAUGCGAAAAGGAAGCAGACCACAUAGGGAUGAUUUUGAUGGCCCGUGCUUGCUUUGACCCAUUUGCUGCAAUUCGGAUGUGGGAAAAACUGCAAGCACUACAAAAAAAUUUGCAAGAGCCAAUGACUUAUAUCUCUACGCAUCCUUCUCCCGAUGACCGAGCCAACCAAGCACGCAGCUGGCUCAAAGAAGCAUACCAAGAGCGGGCGGUAUACUGCAGCUGAUUACAAUUUUAUGGGCAAUUAAGAAAGCUCAGUGGCCGCGUUAUAAAAUUUAAAGCGUGACCGCUCUUCACGUAGGUACCUUGCU